UCUUGUGCGUAACUGCCAUCGUGGAGAUCUGAUGAAGGUGAAUCAGGCAAGGAGAGAUAGGCAGGAUAAAGCAACACUUAUUCCACGUCUCUCCUCCCCGCCACUACACCUCAGUUGACAAGUGAAGCAAAGCCGCAACUUCACCGCUGACGCGCAACUUAAACUUGUAGAGGACAAACAGUGGGGAGACACUCGCAGAGACGGGUCAACAUUUCCCAGAGGCGACACACAAUUGAGAUAACCUACAAGGAUAUGGACAGGAGGAUGAACUUGAGCGGCGGCGCUGGGGACAUUUUUCACAAAACUCUCAGCGCUGUGUCCAACAAAAAAAUGGACCCUUUCAGAUCGUCGGCGGGCAUCGAACUGCCACCCAGGGAUCGCCAGUCCCCGAUCAGUUGCUUUGACCAGGCCGAUCCAGACCCAAUUCAGCCGGGAGGACUGGCGGGGGGCAGAGGAGGGACGCUGGGUCUGCCGACGGGAUCUUUGUGCGUCAACUACGGAGAGAGCGCCAAUAACAGGACUUCUGCGGCGGAGAGCAGCGGCGGCGAGCAGAGCCAAGACGAUGACAGUGACGAAAGGUGUGAGAUGGUCCUUCUGACCGAUGGGCGGACGGUGAGCGCGGGGAAGGCUGAAGGAGGUAAGAAAACCAAAGAGCAGAAAAUACUGAGGCUAAACAUCAACGCCAGAGAGAGAAGAAGGAUGCAUGAUUUGAACGACGCGCUGGAUGAGCUGAGGGGGGUCAUCCCUUACGCGCACAGCCCGUCCGUCAGGAAACUCUCCAAAAUCGCCACUUUGCUGCUCGCCAAAAACUACAUCCUCAUGCAGGCGCAGGCUCUGGAGGAGAUGAGGAGGCUAGUGGCGUAUCUCAACCAGGGCCAAGCCAUCUCUGCAGCCUCGAUACCGGCCACCACUGCCCUGGCAGCCCCGGGACUGGGCGCGUACGAGCAGCCACCUGGAUACCCGUUCCCCGCCGGAGUGGCCGCGUCCUCCUGCCCAGAUAAAUGUGCCCUGUUCAACAACGCCGCGUCCAGCCUCUGCAAACAGUGCACUGACAAGCCUUAACAAACUGACAAAGACUCCGAGAAGCACACGAAAAGAACAGAUCCCACUUUUGAGAACAUUUUGGAGAGGAAAAAUAAGUAAGCCUACACUUGAUGAAGUCACUAGACUAUAGAGACAAAAAGUAAUAUGAAUACUUUUAUAACAUUUACUAAAACGCAUUUAAAAUGCGCUUUUGUUUUGUUCAAACAAUACUUGAUUGUGUAUAUAAAUCAUCCUUAAAGUGCUGGUAUGAAUGACAGUGAAGACCAAACAGAAGUAGAAGGCGGCCUGUGAUGGCUGCACGUGCAGUGUCAGUUAUCGAUCGCUUUGCUCUUGGACUCUUGCAGGAGAUUUUGGGGGACCUGACAACUUACGACUUCUCACACAAAUAUAUGGACACCAUCCCGGAGCUUUAGCACAACCUCAUUUUCUGCUGCUGUCUCACUAAAUUGCAGUUUUCCUUUGAGUCACCUCAGACAACAUUUUCCCUUUAAAUGCCUGUUUUCACGAACUUUUUUAUUUUUGUGUUUUUUAUUAAUUGAGCACGUGGAAUGUUACGAGCGGGAAGUUAAGUGGUCUGAUCAGUCAGAUAUUUAUGUGCUAACCAAGACACUUGUUAAUUGUUGAGCACGCCUAUCACAAUUCGUUUUGGGGAACUGUGAUAACACACAAUGUCAGAAAAAAAAUCAGGUUGAUGAGAUGUUUUGAUGAGUCUCUGUAAUAUAUUAAUUUGGAUAUUUAUGAUGCAUAUUCUGAGUGCACUGCACAGUUUCGUCUACUGAGCUGGUGUGUUUUCUGCGCUCUCUUUUCUCAAACAUGAAGUCUUCAGAUGAAUCGCGUUGUCAGGUCAGGCUGUGGAUUAUUGUAGAUAUUUUAGUUAUUAUAUGAGCAAAGAGGGCCGUUUGUAUGUAUUUCAGUGUUGAAAGCUUUAUUAAAAUAUUUUGAAC